UCUUCUACAAAAAAAAAGACGCACACACACACAUAGAAGGGGACAACGGACAUAGGAAAACAGAGGAGAGUAACAUAGAGGGAAACGGAGAACAGGAGAAAGGGAAUUCCUUUUCGGAUUCCAUUUUUUUUUAGCUCAAAAUCAGACUUUCUUUUGACCUCUGCACAUAGAGACGACAGAAGACAUCACCGCACAUUGAACCACCAUUUCUCUGUCCCUGUUUUCGUUUGAGGUCGAAUUUGGGUUUCCGUUCGAAGGAGACAAAGACGCCGAUUCGGUUCAAGUUUUUCUUUUGAUUCAAGUUCAGUUCGUCGACUGUGAGCUUGAUUUUUGCUCCUUGAUCUAAAUCAAAGGAAAAUUACUCUGUUUCGAGCUCUCAUCUGUUAAAUAGGUUCUUUGAUGUCGGACCCUAAGGCUUCAGCAGAUGAACACUAUGUUUCCAUUCCUCGCGGUGGCCCUAUUUACAUUUCCGACAUGGUUGGUCCACUCACUAAGGUUGCUGACUUUGAGGUCAGCAUCUUCCGUGAACUUGAGCGGCUCAAGGCAGAGUUGUCCGUUGAUUCACUUGAAAUGUUUGAUGAUGAGAUAUCGGUUGAGGAUCUUAAAACUUUCAGUGAAGAGGAAUUGGUGGCUCAGGCCUUUGAAGAAGCAUUUAAGGACGAUGAGCUGACCAAAGAAUCUUCACAAACUUUGACAGAGCACCUUGAUACAAGGUCAGAAAGAGAAGUGGACUCUUCUACUAUUCAUGAUCCCUCAGACAAUGUCGCCCUCGACAACAAAGGCUCAGAUAAACGCAAGUCCAACAAGAGGAAGCGGGGGAAGAAUGUUCGUCAGAAGAAUGCUGUUGAUGAAGACUAUGUUCUGAAGGUGGAACAACUUGCAAAAAUUAAAGAAAAACAAGAGGAAGAGAAAGCAGCAGCAAGAUUGCAUUCUUUCAAUGGUAGUUGCGGCAGCAGCCACUCUGCUUCAACAUCUUCCAGUAAGAGUGGGAGAAUGACAUCACUCAAGUCAAUAAGUUCGGGAACAAAGGUGAGGGCAGCAAAUGCUCAUGGACAUAUUGCAGUGCAUUUUCCAGAAGUUGUCCUCUGUAUUGAGGUUUAUCAUUACAAAAAGACAUGGGUAAAAACGCAAGAAUUUCUGGUCCUUGGGCGACAAUUUUUGACGGAAAUGAGAGACAAGAUAUAUUGUAUUACUGAUGAGAUAAUGAAGAACACAGGCCAGAAUGAUCCUUCGGGCUAUUUCCUUGUGGAGGAUGUCUUUUGCAAUGAUUUUAGGCAUCCUGCUGCUGUAAAUUAUAGUAAGCCAAUACUUAAUUGGCUUCAAGAUUCUAAGAGUGAGGCGCUGGAAAAAUGGGAAUCUAUCGCCUCUGGUGAACUGCCACAGAAACAAAAGGCACUUUUAGGCAGUAAAAUUGGACCACAAUUGCCCCAUUUCAAGACCGCUAAAAUGCAAGUAACUCGUUUCUGUGACUUAAGAUUUCGACUUGGUUCUGGAUAUCUUUAUUGUCACCAGGGGGAUUGCAAGCAUCAAGUUGUAAUAAGAGACAUGAGGUUGAUACAUCCAGAGGACGUACAGAACCGAGCCGCUUAUCCAUUGAUCACCUUUCAGCCGAAGUUGCGGUUCCAGAAAUGCUCUGUUUGCAAGAUUUUUAAAGCAGUUAAGGUGACAGUUGAUGAUAAAUGGGCUGCUGAAAAUCCUUGCUACUUUUGUGACCUUUGCUAUUACAUGCUCCACUAUGUAAACGGGUCUCUGCUUUACGAUGAUUUCUCUGUGUAUGAAUAUCUCCAUGAGUAACUUUAAAUUAGAAGAGCUGACGUGUGGGUUAGGUGCAUGUCACGGGUUCCAACCCUGCCGCUAACAACACUGGUAUUUAAGUGGAGAAGAAUAGAGGACGGCCAAAUCCAGACGUUGCUCAGGACUCUGCAAGCAGUAUUCAGUUUCACACAGAUAUGCAAGUUCAAGCCAAAGAAUGUAUAUAUGCAAGUUCGAAGUUUCACACAGAUAAUAAAUACUAUCAUCCAAUUUAUGGAAAAUAGGUUUCAGUUUCUCUUUGUUUAUUGUUUUCAGAACUGUUUGUUCAGAGUUCAACUACAGAUUCUAUCCUCUAACGUUAUACCAAAUUAAAAUAUUAACUACUGCACUGGUCUGUUUGGUUUAUCCUUUUCUUAGGUGAAUAUUUUUGGAAGUUGAAAGUAGUGGUAUCGAGAAACGGGAAUGGAAAAGCUUUAGUGAAAAAAUUGAACAUGUAUUUCAGAUGUGAGAUUGUAACGUUUUCGUUGAAUUAUUACUUAA